AUGGAGCAAAUCCAUCAACAAGGACGUCUUCUUAAAGUCCUAAGGCAAAAACCUUACAUCACAUUUGACUCAUUCCCUAGAUUCAAGGAGACCUGGAGAGACUCGCUUAUAGAAAAUGCCGCGGCAUCGAGCGACGAAUUUCCAGAUUAUCAUGUUCGUAACCCGAGCUCUUUAGUGACCUCUUCUCAAGUGCGCUCUUUUCAACUGGGCACGGGCGCGUCUAUAUAUACACAAUCAUUGAUACCGGCAAUACUGGAAGCCAAAUAUGAAAUUAUUCUCGUCACUUGUUUCUGGGCGCCUUCUCCAACCCUGUCUGCAAUAAAAGACGCCUUAGAGCAGCUGGCUGAAGCGCGUCACGAAUACAUCCGUACAUCUGACUCAGACGAUCAAUCUUUAUCGCCUCUGAGAAUACGUAUCUGCUUUUCGUCACGGUCUCUGUUCCAGAAGCUCUUUCACACAACGUCUAAAGAUGGAUACGUAUACCCGCCGUCGACAUGGUCAACGCAACUUGGCCUGCCGAGUCAAGAAACUCUCAAGGCUGGGCGUAUCGAUUUACGUGUGAAGAGUUUAUUCUUCUUGCCUUUCAGCGUAAUGCACCCCAAAUUUCUCAUCGUCGAUCGCGAGAGAGCUUGGCUUCCCAGCUGUAAUGUGAGUUGGGAGGCAUGGCUUGAAGGGUGUGUCGAAAUAACUGGAAAAGCUGUGGCUGGUUUAGUCAAGUUUUACCGGCAUGUCUGGGAUGGGCAACUUGAGCAACUUACGACUAGGGAUAUUCCAGACGAUGGAUCUGCCAACCCUCUUAACUUAGGCGAACUUGAGUUACCCAUCGUGCCAAGCCCCGUCAGUUAUUACAAUACCUUUUUUCCAGGACGUGAAACCCCGACCAUGUUAUUACCGUCUUCCCAUCACCGGAAUCCAAGGUUCGACAUUUUUCCGUGGCGUGACUCGCCGUUGCCACCUUCAACACCUCUCAAUCAAGCGGUGUUACGGUUAUUAAACCUGGCAGAACAUUUCAUCUACAUUCAAACACCUAACUUAACCUCUUGGGCGGUUAUUGAUAAACUCCUCGAAGCUUUAAAGCGGGGUGUCAAUGUGGCCAUAGUGACUAGCAAGAGGUUGAUGAUUCUAGAACAACUCAUCACAGCCGGCACCACGACUUCCCUCUGUGUUGGAUCGUUGAUUCGGAGAUAUAAAAAGCUUGAGGCCGAACAAUCCAGGUCCAAGGCCAGUGUUGACCCUGAUAUCGAAGCACAACGGCCUCCACUCGGGCUUUUGAAUAUCGACUAUUAUUGUCCGGACGCUGAAAGCCAGGCGGAGUGCAAAGAAGACGGAACAGCUGAAGAGCCAGUACAGUCGCACCUGAAGCUCACUCUCGUAGAUGGUCAAUAUGUUGUUCUCGGGUCCGGAAACAUGGAUCGCGCAAGUUGGUUUACUAGCCAAGAAUUAGGAAUCUUAUUCCACUCGAGGGAUAUCGCGUCUACGAUCGGUGAAGCUGUUGGAAAUGUACUCUCCGGUCGGCGGGAGUCGGUUUUCUCGUCUACGGCGGAUGAUCAAUUAGAACGACAGAUGUCUUUUGAACGAUUCCUCAAUGACCCUGUCAAGCCUGUUAGUCUGGGGAACGAUUAA